AUGACAAGGCGUCUCGACUAUAGGGCUAAACUUGACGGUGAAUUUCUCAAAGAGGGCGUCCUCCUAAGCACAGCAUGGAUUUCGCAAAGGGAUAUGACGCUUCCAAUCAAGUUGGAGUUGAUGCUUCGACUAAGGAGUGUCGUCGAGCGUAUUGAAAUUAUUGCUCAUGAUCUGUAUAUCCGUCAAAACGACGUUCAACACAUUGCAGCUCACCAAGUGGCAAUUGCGACUUCGGACGACGAGCUGAAAGGAUCCGAGAAAAAGCUUGGGGUAGUGCACUUCAAACCUGCUUCCGAAGCUAGCAGUCAACAGAGGACUAUCUAUGUCGACGUCAGCUGUACAGUUAUUACCCUUCAGAUAAAUAAAGCUCACGAAGACGAAGUUACGAAUCCAUUUCACCAGGUUGGUUUGGAGAGCGUAUUGGUCUUUGGCCGAUACCUGUCGGGCGCCGAAGAUGAUAUCCCGCCUUCAAGAAGGACCCUAUCUCCUGUGGAAAUGGUGAAUAGUAAAAGGUUCACCGAAGAAAUUGAUGAACUACUUCGACGAGUCAAACGGAACAAAGACAAGUUUGUCAGGGAGAUGGACUUCAGCCAGGCAAAACGAGCACAACUGGAGAUGAACCUACUCACGAAAGCGAGAGGAGAGAUGGUUGCACUGGAGAAUGCGCAGUCGGAGGCAGUCAAAGAGGACAACUUCCACCGAGCUGUUGAUCUUCAAGAUGAAAUUAAAACUCUCCGAAGAAACGUGAUGGCAUUUGUCGACCCACGCCUCACUGCUAAUAUUGUACGCUCGGAGGACAUUCUUCGCCCGAAGAAUUUAUUCGACAAGGAAGACUUGAAAAUCGGAACCCCCGAACUUUUUACUGCUAUGGCAUCGUCAGCCAGAGAACGCUCAGCUCCGAAGCUCAAACAACGGCCUUCGUCGGUGUCCUCAAGGAGGACGAAUUCGUCACGAUCCGUGGCCACUAGCGCUUCUGGACUGCCAAGGGUUGAGCCAUGGCAUGGGAACAAGUUUUUAGAGAAAGAAAACACUGUAGUUCCAGCUUUGAGAGACAAAAUAAACAAGUCCGAUUCGAUCGAAGAGAGUAGUGACGCCUCUAACCAGGAGGAAUAUCAACCAGUGGCCAUAUUCAAAGGAGUCGAUUAUUCUAGGGCUGUGGAUUUGUUCGGAGAACAAACGGCGAGAAACUUAUAUUCGAAGAAGUGGCAAGAACGCAAAAUAGGUCUUGCCCGUGUUCAGCAGAAACUUGAGAGUGUUUCUUCAACUGAGGCACCCAAAUACUUGGACUGCACGAUAGCGAUUUUGCAAAGGCAUCUCAAGGAUCCUCUAUACAACGUCUACGCGAGCGCUCUGGACCUUCUCGGCUUCGUUUGCACCAGAUACAUACAAAUCCAUCAUCUGCAAAGGAUGGCACCAAGCUUGGCAAGAUCCAUUCAUAGCACCGUCGCUACCAGAGCCAGUGAUACUGAUCGGCGCUCCUCAACAGCCACGUUGUCAACUAUGAACGAGAUCUUGGAACAGGAUAAAAGGGUUGCGAAGGCUUUUCUCACCCGUUUUCUGAAACCGCUUAGUCGUGGUAGUCAGCGAGGACAAGCAACCAUCGUUCAAAAUGCUGCCGAAUUACUCGGCACACCCAACGCUGAAGUUGGCUUUACUGAAGACGCUGUCACCCAAUUCGGUUUGGAUUGUUUGCGAAAUGCUGAUCCAGAGGUACGAAGUAUUGGAAAGAAGCUUAUUCUGGAUGUGUAUGCCAACGGAAGAAGGGAUGUUAUAUUUCAAAUGGUCAGUAGAGAAGAACAAGGUCAUCAACAUCCACUGCUUCGAUCCAUUCUCGACGACAUGGUUGCUAUCAAUUCAGCUCAAGCAAGAUCAUGUCGGCAUUGUGGAGCCAACAUUGAAAAAUCCGACAGCAGCACUUUGGAAAAACACUAUCGGAACAUCUGCCCAGCAUUUACGAAAUGUAGUUUUGGUAAUGUCGCUUGCGAGCCACAGAAGGAAUGA